UCUACUUUCACUUGCGUCUCUACACUUCACUCUUCGCAUUCUCCUUUCUUAUUGCCACCUCAUCUCACCGGAAAAACUCCCUCCCAUUCAUUACUCCACAUAUGAGCGUCACAUAACAUAUCCAUUUUUUUUUCUCUUAUUAAUUACUAAAGCAUUCAUUUAUUUAAUAUUCGAAUCCUAACUUAGACUUUACCCCUUCAAUUCACACUUGAUAUAUUUAUUUAUUUAUUUAUUUAUUUUUAUUUACUUAUAAUUAAUCUCUACGUAACCGUUUUCACGCGAGUUCCGUUUCGAUAACUUCCCGCUUCCGUUCCAGUAGUGAUCGUCCCUAGCAUGAAGCUUCACCUUAUCGCCGCCGCCGCCGCCGCCCGCCGCCACCACGUCACCUUCAACGAUUUCCCCGCACUGGUAUAAAUAUUCCACAUGCAUCCUUUCUGCUGCGUCUCCGCCAUUUCCGACCAGGCGUCGCCGGUGAAACCUUUUGCUGAUUUCGCCAUGCCGCCUCUCCCCGCCGCCGUGAGAUCCGAUUCGGUUCACCGGCACAGCCACAGCGGGAAUAGCGACUACGGAAGAGUGAGUCAGCGGGAGCAGCCGGUGGACGUGAAGAUCAACGACCUUGUUGGGAACGGAAUCUCCGGGAUACUGUAUAAGUGGGUUAAUUACGGCAAAGGAUGGAGGCCACGGUGGUUCGCGCUUCAAGACGGCGUGCUCUCCUACUACAAGAUUCACGGACCAGAUAAGAUCGUCGUGAAUCACGAAACCGAGAAGGGCUCCAAGGUUAUCGGCGAAGAAUCCAUGCGUAGAAUCAGUCGUAACCGCAAUUCUCAUCGCUACCAACACAGACGAAAGCCGUUUGGGGAAAUCCAUCUCAAAGUAUCGACGAUUCGCGAGAGCAAAUCGGAUGACAAGCGGUUUUCGGUUUUCACGGGAACGAAGAGGCUUCACUUGAGGGCGGAGACACGUGAUGAUCGUGUGGCGUGGAUGGAGGCGUUGCAGGCGGUGAAGGAUAUGUUCCCGCGGAUGUCGAACAGCGAGUUGAUGGCUCCGGUGGACAAUGUAACCGUCUCGACGGAGAAACUGAGACACCGGCUUUUGGAAGAAGGUGUGAGCGAGGAAGCCAUUCAGGACACUGAGCAAAUCAUGAGAAGUGAGUUUGCGGCGCUGCAAAACCAGCUACUGCUGCUUAAGCAGAAGCAGUCCAUUCUCAUUGACACGUUGCGGCAAUUAGAGACAGAAAAGGUUGAUCUGGAGAAUACAGUUGUUGAUGAGAGCCAAAGACAGUGGAAUGAUGAAGAGGCUUCCCCAAGAUUAGCGCAAGAAAAAUUUAGUGGAAGUGCAAGUGAAUCUGAGGAUGAUAACGAGAGAAAUGAUGCUGCAGAGGAAGAAACAGAUGAUGAUGACAAUGUCUUUUUUGAUACUCGUGAUAUUCUAUCGUCCAGUUCUUUUAAAAGUAACGGGUCUGAUUAUCGAGCAUCGUCUUUCUCUUCAGAUGAUGAAGGGUUCUAUGCAUUUGAAUCAGAGGAGGAUGUAGAUCCUUCGAUUAGAUACAUUGGAACCAAUUACCCUCAUGUUAAGCGGCGUAAGAAAUUGCCAGACCCUGUAGAAAAAGAGAAAGGUGUCAGUCUUUGGUCAAUGAUUAAGGAUAAUAUUGGGAAGGAUCUAACAAAAGUUUGCCUUCCUGUUUAUUUUAAUGAGCCUCUGUCAUCCCUGCAAAAGUGUUUUGAAGAGAUGGAAUAUUCAUAUCUGCUGGACCAAGCAUACGAAUGGGGAAGAAGGGGUAAUAGCCUCAUGAGGAUUCUCUAUGUUGCAGCUUUUGCUGUAUCUGGCUAUGCUUCAACUGAAGGAAGAAUUUGCAAACCAUUUAAUCCAUUACUUGGGGAAACAUAUGAGGCUAACUACCCAGACAAAGGCCUUCGUUUUUUCUCAGAGAAGGUCAGUCAUCACCCUAUGAUCGUUGCAUGUCACUGUGAGGGUACUGGUUGGAAAUUUUGGGGAGAUAGCAACCUAAAGAGCAAAUUUUGGGGUCGAUCAAUUCAGCUUGACCCUGUCGGUAUUUUGACUUUGGAAUUUGAUGAUGGAGAGGUUUUCCAGUGGAGCAAGGUUACUACAUCAAUAUACAAUCUCAUAUUAGGAAAGCUAUACUGUGAUCACUAUGGUACAAUGCGUAUACAGGGAAACCGAGAGUACUCAUGUAAACUGAAAUUCAAGGAACAAUCUAUAAUUGAUCGAAACCCUCACCAGGUUCACGGUAUCAUUCAAGAUAGGAACGGAAAAACUGUAUCAACUUUGUUUGGAAAAUGGGAUGAAAGCAUGCAUUAUGUUAAUGGAGACUGCACUGGGAAAGGGAAAGGUCAUGAAUCUCUGUCAGAAGCCCAUUUACUCUGGAAGCGAAGCAAGCCUCCCAAGUUUCCCACUAGAUAUAACUUCACUCGCUUCGCCAUCACAUUAAAUGAACUUUCUCCCGGAUUGAAGGAGAAGUUGCCACCUACAGAUUCCAGGUUAAGACCAGACCAAAGGUAUUUGGAAAAUGGAGAGUAUGACAUGGCAAAUUCAGAAAAGUUACGGCUAGAGCAGCGGCAGCGCCAGGCUAGGAAGAUGCAAGAAAGUGGUUGGAAACCUCGGUGGUUUGCUAAGGAUAAAGCGAGCGGGACAUACCGCUACAUAGGUGGGUAUUGGGAGGCCCGACAACAAGGAAAAUGGGACUCCUGCCCUGACAUCUUUGGUCAAAUUCCUUCGGAUCAUAUUUCAGACGAAGGUCAAAUUACAUUUUAGUUCUUCAAAUAUUUUUUCCUCCCAAUUUUUUACUGAUGGGUGUCCAAUAACUGCUAGUUCGCUGUUAUGGCACACACCCUGAAAUUCCUGUAAGCCAAUCAGAUGAAAAUAUGAGCGAGUAAUAAUGUAAUUCUUUUUCUUCCCAUUCCAAGUCUGAUUCGCAGAAUCCUUACUACUUGUGCAUUACGUAAUCGUCAUUAUUAUUAUAUUAUCAUAGCGACAGGAAAGCAUUAAAUAAUCGAAACAUAACACUACGUAGGGAAGCAAAUUGCAAAAGCAAGUUCUAUGACUCCAUAAACAUUGGAUACUUUAAAAGACCGACAAAGUGUUAGAUGGAACUUCUUCGAGAAGCAGUUAGAUGCUUCAGUAACUUGAUGCUUACGAGAAUUACGUAAGCCGUUGGCAGAACACAAAAUGAGACUACUGAUGACAUAUCUCCAUUGCUAAUGCUGGCUUCCAUCCUUGAUGUUCCAUAGCAACCAUAUGAUACGUUAACAUUUAUGCAUGGUACGUUAAAGCCGUUAGUUCAUCUUCAGAUGAAUGCAUGAUAUUUAAUUAGCAAAAUACAAUGUACGACGUUUAAGCCACCCGCUCGGCUUCUGGUGCUUCAAAGAAUGUGAUAUUGAAGAUUAUACUCUGGCAAAUAACCAACAAACAAAUGUGUUCCAUCAUCCGUGAACCAUGAAUGUUAUUUUGUGCGAUUGAAAUUGGUAGAUUGUAACUGUUUAUCAAUAACAGGCAAUAAUGGACGAUACCUAAUUUUAUGAAAGGAAAUACUACACAUAUGGGACCUAUUGUCUGG